CCGAGCCUCCCGUCCAAAAUUCUACAGUGGGAUGAAGGAGCUGGGUGGGUCCCGGUUGGCCCGCCCUCCUUAUCCGAGCAGAAGCCAAGCUAGAAAAACAAGACCAUCAACCCAUCCGAUUCAUUCCUCACAAACUCUGCACCCAAAAUGGCGUCUCUGGCGCAGCAAUUUGCAUGCUUGAGAUGCCUACCAUUGCCCUCCAAACCCUUCUCUCCGGCGCAGUCCAGCAGGCCCAAACGCCUCUCCGUUGUGUCGGCGGUGCCCGUCUCCAAUGCCCAGACCAAAGAGAGGCAGAAGCUCCUUCAACUCUUCGAGGAAGCGUACGAACGGUGUCGCACUGCUCCAAUGGAAGGCGUGCCCUUCACCCUCGAAGACUUCCACGCCGCUCUUGAUAAGUACGACUUCGAUUCUGACAUCGGCUCUAAGAUAAAGGGAACAGUGUUCGCUACAGAUUCUAAUGGGGCAUUUGUUGAUGUUACUGCGAAAUCUUCUGCAUACCUGCCUGUACGAGAGGCCUGCAUACACAAAAUAAAGCAUGUAGAAGAAGCAGGCAUAGUUCCUGGUUUGCAGGGUGAGUUUGUGAUCAUUGGUGAAAGGGAAUCUGAUGAUAGCUUGAUCUUGAGCUUGCGUUCACCCCAGUAUGACCUUGCAUGGGAACGUUGUAGGCAGCUUCAAGCUGAGGAUGUUUUUGUCAAGGGUAAGGUUGUUGGCGGAAACAGAGGUGGAGUGGUGGCUGUAGUGGAGGGUCUUCAUGGGUUUGUUCCAUUCUCACAGAUUUCAUCAAAAUUAACUGCAGAAGAGCUUCUUGAUAAGGAGCUUCCGCUGAAGUUUGUGGAGGUUGAUGAGGAAGAUUCUAGGCUUAUCCUUAGCAACCGCAAGGCCAUGGCUGACAGCCAGGCACAGCUGGGGAUUGGAUCAGUGGUCACAGGAUCUGUGCAGAGCCUGAAACCAUAUGGUGCCUUCAUUGAUAUCGGUGGAAUGAAUGGACUUCUUCAUGUCAGCCAAAUUAGUCAUGAUCGUGUCUCAGAUAUUGCAACUGUCCUUCAACCUGGCGAUACUCUGAAGGUCAUGAUUUUGAGUCAUGAUCGUGAGCGAGGCCGAGUAAGUCUCUCGACUAAGAAGUUAGAGCCUACUCCUGGAGACAUGAUUCGCAAUCCAAAACUUGUUUUUGAGAAGGCAGAUGAGAUGGCUCAAACAUUCAGACAGAGAAUAGCUCAAGCAGAAGCUAUGGCUCGUGCUGAUAUGCUGAGAUUCCAGCCUGAGAGCGGAUUAAGUCUCAGCUCUGAUGGGAUCUUGGGUCCUCUCACAACAGAUCUGCCAGCAGAGGGUCUAGACUUGACUGAUGUUCCCUCAGCCGAGGAUUCAUGAUUCUUACUUCAGCGAAUUACAUGGGAUUCUCCAAGGCCUUGCUCUGUACGUAUUACGUAUAUUUGCUGCAAUAUUACAUGAUUAGCAGGCUUGUGAAUCUCUCAUCUUUCCUUGUACGAACGGAGUGCCGGAGAUGUGGACAUAAUCCAAAUGAACAGAAAAUCAUCAAACUCUAACAUGGGCUGGUUUGAGAGAUUCUGAUAAUGUACUGAUGGUGAGCAUAAACUUUUGUUCCUUGUAGUUUCAAAGAAAUAGAGUUGUAGCAUACCGUAUUUCUUCAGUGCAUAUUGUAGAUGAUAAAUGCCAUACGUCUCUACUAUUAUCCAUCUUCUUCCGCAUGCAGCCUGCCUGAAAAGAACAAUUUUGGGUACAAUUCUGUAAGGUUACAUUAGUUUGUGGAAUUGUAUUUCUGAAAUAGAUUAGUUGGAGUUAGUGACACAAAAA